AUAUGUAUGACGGCAUCGAUCGUGAGUUUCAUAAUCCAACUGUCGGUCUACGGGUUUGUACCGAAGCUGCAGAGUCUUCCGGGAAAGUGCUUAAUGUCUCUCUCGUUGUCACUGUUGGCGACGAAUCUAUUUUUGAUACUCUCGUACAACACGGAGACGAGUCGCGAGAAUAUCUUCUGCGUCAUUGUGGGCAUCGGUAGACAUUACUUCAUUUUAGUGGCCUUUUGCUGGAUGUCUGUCCUCGCGUUUGACACUCACUGGACAUUCCAUUUGCCGAAUCGGAACCAGUUGUCCACCUCUUUGAAAGGCUAUCACAAGCGGACGUCACUAUUCAUAAAAUACAGUAUCUAUUCGUGGUUAACACCGGCGCUGAUCGUAGGUAUGGCCGUCAGCAUAGACUACAUCAUGCAAAGUGAAUCGUCGCUGAAGCCGAUGUACGGACAGGUGGUGUGCGGACUGAGCCAACUGUUCGCGAUACUGAUGUGGAGCACAAUCCCCGGGUGUCUCAUAAUGUUCAUAAACAUCGUGUUCUUCGCGAAGACGCUGCAGAAACUGAACCGAAUAACCGGUGAAACAGAACUCGCAAAUAAGGCCACAUUCCGGGAGCGGUUCAUGUGGUGCUUCAAGCUCUCCAUCCUAUUAGGCAUAGCCUGGGUUAUAUACUUCAUCUCGAGCUUCGUCUGCGAGAUCUGGUUCCAGUACUUCUCCCAGCUCUUCCUCUCAUGUCAGGGUCUCUUCAUACUAUCCAUUACCACACUCAAGAAGAGCGUGUUUGAGGCGCUCAAGCGCCGGGUCUUUUACCUCAGGAAUCGCGGCAUUCAUAGGCAACAGUCCAGCAAACGGUCGUUCCAGGCGUCGGCCUCCUUGAAAACACUUCCCAUUUUCUAA